CUCAAAGAAUUUCAUAUUUUGCGCUAUGGAGUGAUGAUGUAGUUCUCAACGUCGCCAUUUCCGAUUCGGUGUCGCCGUUGACGAACCACCUCCGCCAUCUUGAAAGUACUCUUUCCGGUCAACACCGUCACAGAGAUGCCGUCUGUAACGCUCAAGGACGUCGACCAACAUCAAUUCGUGAAGGCCUUCGCCGCCUUCUUGAAGAAGACAGGUAAAAUGCGUGUCCCAGAAUGGGUGGACAUUGUCAAAUCAGCCAGAUUCAAGGAACUGGCCCCCUACGAUCAAGACUGGUAUUACAUCCGUUGUGCUGCUCUUGUUCGUCACAUUUACAUUCGUAGCCCAAUUGGUGUUGGUGCCGUUACAAAAAUCUUUGGUGGCCGCAAACGCAACGGAACUCAUCCAAGCCAUUUCUGCAGAUCAGCUGGUGGAGUUGCAAGGAAGGCUCUUCAGAGUCUCGAGCAACUGAAGCUCAUCGAGAAGGCACCCCUUGGUGGCAGAAAACUCACCAGCCAGGGACGAAGGGACUUGGACCGGAUUGCAGCACAGGUCAAGGCCAAGAGCAAGAAGCAAAUGAAGCUGCAAGAGACUCUUGUUCUUUAAGGAAUUUUUGGAUAAUAAAAACAUCAUUUAAAUGUA